AUGAAGCUCCUCGCUCUUCUCCCUUUCUUCCUCGCCGCCACUCUGGCCAACGAGAAUACCGACUGCAAGUCUUGCUUCCCAGCAACAAGCUCCGACUGCGUCGAUGCAUCAGGCCAAAUCCCAACCGAUGGGUCGACUCUGGAUGACAACUCCAACACCCUCUGGACAUCCGGUUCCUGCACCAUCGAGUUCAUUCCCAAUGGUGGAAGCCCUGAUGGAAACGAUGUGCUGGGCGUUGCUCAGUCUUUCCUUAGUGACUGCUGCUCUGGUGAUAGCUGCUCCGGUGUUGCGUAUGAUACCGGCUCCAGCACCGCCCUCCAGAAUGGAUGUCUUUGCUUCCAUGAAGAAGGCAAGACCCCUUGCACCUGUGGUGCCGGUACCCCCUCUAUGACUUGCAUCUAA